CAUCUUUUUUAGGUUUCCAUAAAGGCAAAAAAUCUCUCAAUUUUUUUUUUAUUCAUCUUCUUUCUUUUAUAUUUCUAACAAAACAAAAAUGGCUCUUGUAAACAGUCAUUGUCCUGACCUUAAACUCGUUGCUCGCGGUAAAGUACGUGACUUGUACGAGGUAGAUGAAAAAUCGCUUCUUUUUGUGGCUACAGAUCGUAUUAGCGCAUUUGACGUCACCAUGAAAAAUGCUAUUCCUGGUAAGGGUAAGAUUUUGACCGAAAUCUCCCUAUUCUGGUUUGAUCUUUUAAAAGAUGUUUUACCCAACCAUUUGAUCACGGCUAAUUUUGAUGAGAUGCCAACCAAGGUACAACAAUACCGUGAUCAGUUAGAUGGAAGAUCUAUCUUGGUCAAGAAGAUGCGUGUUGUACCCAUUGAAGCCAUUGUACGUGGUUAUAUUACUGGAUCUGGUUGGUCAGAGUAUAAAAAGAAGGGAACUAUCUGUGAUAUUCCUCUUCCUAAAGGUCUUGUCGAGAGUGAAAAGCUUCCUGAAGUGCUCUUUACACCCAGCACAAAAGCUGAAAUGGGCGACCAUGAUGAGAACAUCCAUCCUACAAAGAUGGUUGAUAUUUUGGGCGAUAAGGCACUUGCCGAAAACAUUACAAAGUCCGCUAUUGCACUGUAUACCAAGGCCAGUGAAUAUGCUGCCACCAAGGGUAUCAUUAUUGCUGAUACCAAGUUUGAAUUUGGUUUAGAUGAAGACAAUAACUUGGUUUUAGUGGAUGAAGUCUUGACACCUGAUUCCUCUCGUUUCUGGCCUGCCAGCAAGUAUGAAGCCGGUCGUACACAAGAUAGUUUUGACAAGCAAUUUGUGCGUAACUAUCUUGAAUCAAUUCAUUUCGAUAAACAAUCAAGUAUCGAGCUCCCCCAAUCUGUUGUGGAUGCUACCAUCGAAAAGUAUAAAGAAGCAUUUUUCCUUUUGACAGGAAGAAAUGUUUCCUUGUAAUUAAUUAAAAUAAAAAAUUUGUAUAAUAAAUGACAGAAUUAGUGUAACCUGAUAA